CCGGAUUCAGGCGCACUAUGAAGGAGGAGUGCGCGAGGCUGGGAUCCCAGGUAUCGAUCAAAUUUCAAGCUUUGGAGUACACACUCUGCUCGACUGCAUCCCAGCCCACGACCUCAGCCCUUAAACAGGAGAAGUGAUUGACGGUUUUCCUCGGAGUGAACACAAAGACCUUGCGCGCCGAGUGCGCUGGAUCCGCCUUUUACGCACACGGUGGCUGCAUUUCUUUGGCGACUUUACCCCCUGCAGAACUGAUUCAUGACAAGACCAGGCGUCCAUUUCCAACUUUUUUGAGGAAUCUGGCGUUUUUUUCCCCGUAAAUCCAAGGUCUUUGGUUCAGGAAUUAUGAUUCUCCGAAUAUGCCACUUCGGCCUGGUCCUUUUGUUUCUGUGCGCCUCCGCCAUCGAUCCAGACGAGCCGGUGGAGGACCUGACCGUGUUUGACUUAUUCGAAAGCAGCGGAAUCACACAGAAGACCAUCGGGGUGAAACUGUUCCGAGGCCCGGACCCCGAGUCCCCGGCGUACCGCUUCAUCCGCUUCGACCAUCUUCCCUCAGUCAAACCGCACGUUCUAGAGCAGCUCCUGCAGCAAAUUCAGAACAACGAGGGCUUCACCAUGACCGCGACCCUGCGCCAGGACCGCGCGUCCCGCGGCACUCUGCUCUCCAUCGAGGGUCCCGGCGAGCGCCGGCAGUUCGAGGUGCUUUCCGACGGCAGAGCUAAUACGCUCGAGCUGGUGUACUGGUGGGCCGACGGCUCGCGCAACGUCAUCGCGUUUGAGGAUGUGGAGCUGGUGGACUCGCAGUGGAAGAACAUCACGUUGCACGUGCACGGCGAGACGGCCACACUGUACGUGGGCUGCAGCCUCAUCGACAGCUUCAUUCUAGACGAACCUUUCUACGAGCACCUGCGCGCCCCGGGUGGACGGAUGUACGUGGCCAGAGGAUCCAGCCGCGAGACGCAUUUUAGGGGGCUGCUGCAGAAUGUGCAGUUUAUUUUCGACAUCCCUCUUGAGGACGUGCUAGAGAGCCGAGGGUGUGAGCUGGCAAAUACAGAGGAGCUGAACACAGUGAGUGAGAGUGCUGAACUGGUGGAUGUUGCCUCCUCCAUUUCCACUAACUUGAUCAGCCCAAACACAGAUCCCCCAACGAUGAGCCCCUCUGAGAUGAUGUGUGAGCGUUCGUGUGAGGAGUUGGCCAACCUCUUCCAAGAGCUCAAGGGCCUUCGCGUUGUUGUUAGCAACCUCAUUGAUGGCUUGCAGAAAGUGACAGAGGAGAAUACUGCCAUGCGUGAGGCCCUGAAUAAGAUGCAGGAUCCAGUGCAGCAGAGCAUUUGCUGGCAGGAUGGGCGACUGUUUGAGAAUAAGGAGGACUGGAUUGUGGACAGUUGUACCAAAUGCACAUGUCAGGAUGGUAAAGUGGUGUGUCGUCAGAUUACUUGCCCCCCAGUGUCCUGUGCCAAUCCAUCCUUCAUUGAUGGGGAGUGCUGUCCAGUUUGCCUCCCAAUGGACAGUGAGGACGGCUGGUCUCCAUGGUCAGAGUGGACCCAGUGUACGGUAACCUGUGGCAGCGGUACGCAACAAAGAGGCAGAUCAUGUGACGACACCAGCAACACAUGCUCUGGCCCCUCAAUCCAGACUCGGAGGUGCAGCUUAGGAAAAUGUGACCGCAGAGUUCGUCAGGAUGGUGGUUGGAGUCUGUGGUCCCCCUGGUCUUCGUGCUCAGUGACAUGUGGGGAAGGGUUGAUCACUCGCAUCCGCCAUUGCAACUCCCCUGUUCCUCAGCGAGGAGGCAAAGACUGCAACGGCGAAGGACGAGAGACACAGAGCUGCCAGGCUAAGCCCUGCCCAAUUGACGGUGGCUGGGGCCCGUGGUCGCCCUGGGCAACCUGCUCAGCAACAUGUGGUGGGGGUCUGAAAAGUCGUGAGAGAGAGUGUAAUAGCCCUGCUCCACAGCAUGGGGGCCGGAAAUGUAUGGGCGAUUCUGUUGACAAUGAAGUAUGCAACAAAGAGGAGUGCCCCAUUAAUGGUUGUCUUUCAAAUCCAUGCUUUGGGGGAGUGGAGUGCAGCACUGCCUCUGAUGGCUCUUGGGAAUGUGGGCCUUGUCCACCAGGCUACCGUGGUAAUGGAACCUUCUGUGAAGAUGUGAAUGAGUGUGAUAUGGUGUCAGAUGUGUGUCAUAAAGUGGGUGGAUCUCAGCAGUGUGUGAAUACAGACCCAGGAUUCCACUGUCUGCCUUGCCCUCCACGUUACAAAGGCCCUCAGCCCUACGGCCUUGGAGUGGAUGCAGCUAAAACAAACAAACAGGUGUGUGAACCUUACAACCCAUGUAAAGACAAUACCCACAGUUGCCAUAGGAACGCGGAGUGUAUCUUCCUCAGCCACAUCACUGAGCCCAUGUACAAAUGCGAGUGCCGUAUUGGUUAUGCUGGAGAUGGCAUUGUGUGUGGAGAGGACUUUGAUCUUGACGGUUGGCCCAAUCAGGAUCUGGUGUGUGGAGCCAAUGCUACAUACCAUUGCAAAAAGGACAACUGCCCAACCCUUCCCAACUCUGGUCAAGAAGACUUUGACAAUGAUGGACAGGGAGAUGCCUGUGAUAAGGAUGAUGACAAUGAUGAAAUUGUGGAUGAACGAGACAACUGUCCACUGAUGUACAACCCUCGGCAGUAUGACUACGAUAAGGAUGCUAUAGGGGAUCGGUGUGAUAACUGCCCCUAUGAGCCCAACCCUGCUCAGACUGACACAGACAACAAUGGUGAAGGAGACGCCUGUGCUAUCGACAUUGAUGGAGAUGAGAUUCUGAAUGAGAAAGACAACUGUCCCUUUGUUUACAAUACUGACCAGAAGGACACAGAUUUGGAUGGUGUUGGGGACCAGUGUGAUAACUGCCCACUGAUCCACAACCCACAGCAGACGGAUGCAGAUAAUGAUUUGAUUGGAGACCAGUGUGAUAAUAACCAGGACAUAGAUGAGGAUGGCCAUCAGAAUAACCUGGAUAACUGUCCCUAUAUUGCCAAUGCUAACCAAGCAGACCAUGACAAUGAUGGUAAAGGAGAUGCCUGUGACCAUGACGAUGACAAUGAUGGAAUUCCUGAUGAUCGGGACAACUGCAGGCUCGUGGCUAAUCAAGAUCAGUUGGAUGCAAACGGAGAUGGCCGUGGUGAUGCCUGUAAAGAUGACUUUGACAACGACAGCAUUCCUGACCUCUUCGACGCUUGCCCAGAGAACAAUGCCAUCAGUGUUACGGACUUCAGGAAGUUUCAGAUGGUGCAUCUGGAUCCCAAGGGAACUCUUCAGAUCGACCCCCACUGGGUGGUGCGAAACCAGGGCAAAGAACUGGUUCAGACUGCUAACUCUGACCCUGGCAUUGCAGUCGGCUAUGAUGAGUUCAGUUCCGUGGAUUUCAGCGGAACCUUCUAUGUGAACACGGAUCGGGAUGACGACUACGCAGGUUUUGUGUUCGGCUAUCAGUCCAGUCGACGCUUCUAUGUGGUCAUGUGGAAACAGAUAACGCAGACCUACUGGGAGGACAAGCCAUCGAAGGCCUUCGGUAUCUCUGGAGUAUCACUCAAAGUUGUCAACUCCACCACUGGCACGGGAGAGUACCUGCGCAAUGCGCUCUGGCACACAGGCAACACUAAAAACCAGGUACGAACACUUUGGCAUGAUCCAAAGAACAUUGGUUGGAAAGACUACACUGCUUACCGCUGGCAUCUUAUCCACAGACCCAAGACUGGAUUCAUUAGGGUUGUAGUGUAUGAAGGCAAGCAGAUCAUGGCAGACUCCGGGCCUAUCUAUGACAAGACAUUUGCUGGUGGUAGACUAGGGUUGUUUGUCUUCUCUCAAGAGCUUGUCUUUUUCUCUGACCUCAAAUAUGAAUGCAGAGACAACUGAUUUUGAUACUCUACACCUCCUGCCACUGACUGAAAUCGAAACUCAGAACAAGAGUUUCAGACCAGUCUUCUGAGAACAUCUGCAGUGUUUUUCACUUCAUUAGAAUGCACAGAUUUAUGAACUCCAGGGGCCUUCGACAGUGAAACUGACUCCAUUUUGGACAUCCAAGAUAAGGGGUUAAAGUUACUACAUACCAGUAUAUUUCUUUAAAUGCCUCUCUCAGCUUUGUUGCACAAAUACCCUUCAUGAUACCAAAUUAAGUCCUGUCUUCUUGAAUAUAAACCUAAGGGUUUGAAUAUUAGCAAUUUUUUUAUGUAGCCAUGUAGUCAUUUUAAAUGUGUUCUAUUAGUCAUUUUAAAGAGUAGUUUUGCAAUGGUUACAAGUGUUGAAUUGAGAUGUAUGAUAUUCAGAAUAAUACUGUUUCUGUGGUAACUUAUUUUUCUGUUGUGCAAGUUUAUGAAUUAACAAGUUGUUUUUGCUUUUGCCAAAAAUUGUAAAUACUUAUUUAUUAGUUUUCACAGACAUUUAAAUUUCACAGUUGAAAUGUAAAAAUCUUAUAUACAUCUACCUUAUACAUCUGCCUGAUUUUGAUACUCUACACCUCCUGCCACUGACUGAAAUUCAAAAUUCCCUACUAGACAUGAAGGUAUCAGAGUUAUAGUUCUUAAUAGUAGUGAACCAUUAGACAUGUUUUGUGUUAGUUACAAUGCUUUAGUUAAACAGUCGUUAAAUUCAGCAUUUUUAUGGCCAGGUAAUUCAUUUUAUGGCCAAGUAAAUGUGUUGGGAGAGAAGUAUUUUCAGUGGUUUGCUGUCGAAGAAGUUAGAUGUGUUUAUUUAAAAGAAUGAUGUCUGGCAAGAGCAAAAGAAGAUGUAUAAUGUGUUUGUACUUGAAGCUAAAGUGACUAUAUAGUCACUCUCAGAUGGUGACAGAUUAAAGGAAAAACCAACACAAAGUGUCUUUGUAUAAAGUGUGUUUCCUUUAAUUUGUUACCAAUCUGUACAGUAUAUGUGGUUGGAGGUGGUAUUACUACUACAGUGUUCCAGUGAUAAUGUGCCAUCAUGAUUCCACACAAAUUAGUGUUACACUACUUUGGCGUAGUUUAAAAGUUGAAAUGGCCAAAUGAAUUUCAAGUAGCACAUAUCACACUUUUCCAUCAGCAUCAUGAAUCCAUUUAUAAUAAAGGAAACUGAAAUGUAGCCUGAUAAAUGGCCUUUAGCUGACCAUGUAGAGUCAGUUCCCUCUAAUCUUUUUUGUACAAAACACUUGUAGACAUCACAGAUUGUACUUAAAAAAAAAAUUAGCCACUAGAUGUAAAAAAGCCAGUGGAAAGCUAGAUGUAAAAAAGCCAGUAGGCUAAACCAAGUUCAUACUCAAAUGUCAACAAUAUCCAUCACAUAGCAUCAGUUUCUAAUUGUUUUUUUUUUUUUUUUUUUUUUUUUUUUUUUUUUUUUAGUAAUGUGAGUCAUAGUGAAGUACUAUGUUCUUUUUAAAAUGAACGUCAUUACACUCAUUUAAAAAAGAACUUAAUGACUGAUCCAUUGUCAAUGGGUCUUUCCUUUAACUUUGCUGCAUGUGUACCUACAAUGCCUUAACAAGUUUCAUAUUUUGUAUCACAUUCCAAUUCCUCUACAUUGUAGAGCUAAAUGUUGCCUUUUUAUGGAUAUUAAAACAGUUUUUUUUGCAAACUUGACAUGUUUGUAAUAAAUACAUUAUAAAAAGGGUUAAUAAAAAUAGAUUCACUGUGUUCUUCACC